AUUUAAUUUAGUCCAAUUUAUUCCGCUAUUUUGACUCGAGCCCCAUCCUUCGGCCCUCUAGAUUUCCUGCUCCUCUUCCGCGGUGAUCCGACCGCCGUUCGAGUCCGGUUACCGCGCUGAGCGGUCGGAAAACCGCCCAUUUCACUCCCAUUGCAGCUCUCAUCUUCACUCCGAAGGACCUUGCUCUCUUGAAAUCUCUCUUUCCUUUUUUGAUUUCCCCCUAUAUUUUUGUGAGAUCUAUUAAAGGCGAUAAGUAGGGCUAGGGUUUUGGAUGAGAAUCCUGGAAGAGAUCUGCGAUCGAUGUCGAUGAGGAUUGGUCUUAGUCUUGAGAGAUCGAUGCGGUCGGCGCUGAGGAGAGGUUUUCAGAUGGAAUGGCUGAUUUUGUAGGAAAAGGGAGCAGCGAUCGGGACUUUGAAAAGGCACUUGUUGCUUUGAAGAAAGGUGCUCAAUUGCUCAAGUAUGGUCGUAAAGGAAAGCCAAAGUUCUGUCCAUUUAGAAUAUCUAAUGAUGAGUCACUGCUAAUCUGGUUAUCCAGUGGCGGAGAAAAAAGUUUGAAGUUAGCUUCUGUAUCAAAAAUUAUUCCAGGUCAAAGAACUCCUGUUUUUCAACGACAUUUGCGUCCUGAAAAGGAGUACUUGUCCUUUUCUCUUAUAUACAACAACGGGAAGCGGUCUCUUGAUCUGAUAUGCAAGGAUAAAGUUGAGGCAGAAGUGUGGUUUGCAGGCCUCAAGGCGUUGAUAUCUUCAUUGCAGGACAGUCGGUCAAAAAUUGAUGGAUGGGCUGAUGGGCUUAGUUUUGACGAUGCAAAGGACUUGAUCUCCAAUAGUGCAAGUGACAGCUCCAUCAGCACCAUCCUGGAUAUUAGUUCUCCAGACAGUAAUUUGCACACGAGUACACAAUCUGUAAUUUCUUUAGAAAACUUGACACCUUUAGAAAGAUCAGAUGUAACAAAUAUGCACGUGAAAGGAUCUUCCUCAGAUGUUUUUAGGGUCAGUGUCUCUAGUGCACCCAGCACCUCCAGUCAUGGUUCUGCACAAGAUGACUAUGAUACUUUGGGUGAUGUGUACAUUUGGGGCGAGGUCAUACGUGACACUUCUUCAAAGGGUGUCAAUAGUAGAAACAUAAGUCAUUUCAGUUCAAGAACUGAUGUUCUUUUACCAAAACCUUUGGAAUCCAAUUUAGUUUUGGAUGCCUUCCAUGUGGCCUGUGGUGUCAAGCAUGCUGCUCUAGUUACGAGACAAGGUGAGUUAUUUACAUGGGGUGAAGAAUCUGGAGGCCGCCUUGGACAUGGAGUUGAAGCAGAUGUAAUUCACCCUCGCUUUGUUGAAUCUCUAGCAGCCUGUAAUGCUGAUUUUGUUGCUUGUGGUGAGUUCCAUACUUGUGCUAUAUCUUCAGCUGGUGACUUGUAUACUUGGGGAGAUGGCACUCAUAAUGUGGGGCUUCUUGGACAUGGUACUGAUGUCAGUCACUGGAUACCAAAGAGGGUUUCAGGACCCUUAGAGGGUCUGCAAGUUGCUUAUGUUAGUUGUGGAACUUGGCAUACUGCCUUGAUAACUUCCAUGGGGCAACUAUUCACAUUUGGUGAUGGAACUUUCGGUGUCUUAGGCCAUGGAAAUAGAGAAAGUGUUUCAUAUCCGAGGGAAGUGGAAUCAUUGAUGGGGCUGAAAACAAUUGCUGUUGCAUGUGGAGUGUGGCAUACUGUCGCUGUGGUAGAAGUUAUAGUCACUCAGUCUAGUGCCAGUGUAUCAUCUGGUAAGUUGUUCACUUGGGGUGAUGGAGACAAGUAUCGCCUUGGGCACGGUGAUAAAGAACCACGACUUAAGCCCACUUGUGUGCCUUCUCUGAUUGAUUACAAUUUUCACAAGCUAGCAUGUGGUCAUAGUCUUACAAUUGGAUUGACAACUUCAGGAAAGGUUAUUACAAUGGGAAGUACAGUUUAUGGUCAACUUGGCAAUCCCCAUUCUGAUGGAAAGCUUCCAUGCUUGGUUGAAGAAAAACUUUCUAGUGAAUCUGUUGCGGAGGUUGCUUGUGGUUCAUACCAUGUCGCAGUACUGACAUCGCGGAGUGAGGUCUACACUUGGGGAAAGGGUGCCAAUGGAAGGUUAGGCCAUGGAGAUGUAGAAGAUCGGAAAACACCUACACUUAUUGAAGCUUUGAAGGAUAGACCUGUCAAACGUAUUGCCUGUGGCUCAAACUUCACUGCUGCAAUAUGCCAUCAUAAGUGGGUAACUGGUGCGGAGCAGUCUCAAUGUGCAGCAUGUAGACAACCAUUUGGAUUUACUCGAAAGAGGCACAAUUGUUACAAUUGUGGACUUGUGCAUUGCCAUUCAUGCAGUUCAAGGAAGGCCUUAAGAGCAGCAUUGGCUCCUAAUCCUGGAAAACCUUAUAGAGUAUGUGAUUCUUGUUAUGUUAAAUUGAACAAAGUGCUUGAACUUGGUGGGAGUAAUAACAGAAGAAAUGCUAAUCCACGUCUUUCUGGUGAAAGCAAAGAAAAAUUUGAAAAAACAGACGUAAAGUUGUCGAAGGCUGUCACACCUAGCAAUAUGGAUUUGAUUAAGAAUCUGGAUAUUAAGGCUGCCAAAUAUGGAAGGAAAACGGAUGCAUUAUCUUUGAUUCGAACCCCUCAAAGUUCCUCAUUGUUGCAGCUAAAAGACAUUGCUUUUGCUAGUAGAGAUCUGCAUCGAGGUAUCCCGAGACCAGUUCGGACAUCAGCACAAUCUGUGAACUCUUCAAGAGCUGUUUCUCCUUUCUCUAGAAAGUCUAGUCCUCCCCGCUCCGCGACGCCGGUCCCUACAACUUCUGGGCUGUCCUUCUCCAAAAACAUUUCUGAUAGUCUAAAGAAAACAAAUGAGCUCUUGAAUCAAGAAGUUCAAAAGUUACGAGCUCAGGUUGAGACUCUGAGGCAGCGCUGUGAACUUCAAGAAUUUGAGUUGCAGAAAUCUGCAAGAAAAGCUCAAGAAGCCAUGGCAUUGGCUGCAGAGGAAUCCGCGAAAUCCAAAGCAGCAAAAGAAGUUAUAAAAUCUCUUACUGCACAGCUCAAAGAUAUGGCAGAGAGGCUGCCCCCUGGUGUCUAUGAAAAUGAAGAUAUAAGGCCAGUUUACUUGCCAACUGGCAAUGACCCACACUUCGACAAUCUCUCAAGUUUAAAUGGAAUUCGCCAGCCAAACAGUGAAAGCAAUGAGCUGAACCUUCCAUCAACUACAACCAUCAAUUCCAACCACAUAAAUGGGACUUCCACACCAAAUUUUGCAUCAGCUGAUACUCUUGAACCCAAUAAAUCAAAUACAAGAUUCCCAAACGAUGGGGUACUUGGUUCCCAUAUGAAGGAAGAGCGAUCAAGAGAGCGUGACAAUAAUGGAGAUGUGAGUGCAGCUAGUGUUAAAACAGAGAGCCCUGACAGCAGAAGGUCUGAACAUAUUCGAAAUGGUGAUACAGGUUUGAUGUCCAGAAUCCCCAAUUUGGGUAGCAAUCAAGUAGAGGCAGAAUGGAUUGAGCAGUAUGAACCUGGCGUGUAUAUAACCCUCAUGGCCCUUCGUGAUGGAACUAGAGACCUGAAAAGGGUACGGUUCAGCCGGAGAAGAUUCGGGGAGCAUCAAGCCGAGUCUUGGUGGUCUGAGAACCGUGAUAAGGUUUACCAGAAGUACAAUGUUCGUGGAUCAGACAAGAGCUCCCCAUCACCAUUGACCUAAUCAUCACAAAAUUACAAUGAAGCCUAACAACAGGUAUAUUAUCAUGAUUAUCACAAGCUGGGAUGCUUAUUUUAUUGCAGUACUUCUGUUGGGUUUUUGAGUUGGGACCUCUUCUAGUGAGUUAUCCAGGAAUUCCAUGUAGAGAGCUGAGCACUUCCUUUUAGGAGUUUACAUUAUGUGUGGUAUAUGAGGUAACUUUUGUCUGUGUUAACUUAAUGUUAGUUGGUCUCUUGCUCUGCCUUUUGCCUGUAUUUAUUGUAUUUUGCGGUGUAUAUAAGAUCCAUGAGUAUGAGAUGGUAAAGAGGCGGAGAUAUAAAUUUCAAUUGUAUACAGUUUUUGUUGGCAAUUGCUGAGUAAAUGGUCCUUCAACUUU